AUGGAAAAUCAUAAAAUUGUAGUAAAUGUAAGUAAAUUAUCAAAAAUAGGAAAGGUAUAUAUAAGUUUAAAUAUUAUUGUAAUUGCAAAAUUAAGCCGAUAGAGUUAUUUUUUGGCCAAAUACAUAAUUUGUUGUGACUCUAGUUAAAUAUUCAGAAGAAAUCAAAUUAUAGAAUUGGAUUGAAUGUUAGCUAAUUUAAAGUUUGGAAAUUGAGGAAGAAAUUAAGGAUAUAGGCUUUAGCUAAGAUGGUGAGACUAUGGCAUCAUUAAGUAGGGAAACAAAUUUACCUUAUGAAAAUAUACGAAAAAUCCAUUCAGGCUGAGAAAGAAAUUAGUUUAAGCAAUUUAAAGAAUAUUUAUAAUAUACUUUAUGUCGAUAGCUAAAGUAAUAUCAUAUCUAAAAUUUUUCUACUAAACAUUCAAAUACGAGGAGAACAUCGAAAUUUAAUAAUGAAUUUAUCUAUUCGGGCUUUUAUUAUUAGAAUAGGAC